CUCUGAUUCAGAGGCGCGCGCACAGACAGCGCGAGGACUUGUCUACCAGGGGGGCGGGGCGGGGACCUCUUUAUGUGGACCGCCACAACAACAACAACAACAACAACCGAUGUAAAUAGAAACUUCGCGGCUCGCUGGUUGUAGGAAGCCGCUGGUUUCCCCUCAGAUGUAGGAGCGUUCAACCAUGGAUGUGCAGAACAACAACAAGCCUUCUGUGGACAGUUUGUGCAAGCUGCCUAAUCACGAUGCGCAGAGAAACAUGUCGAGCUGUAAAUACUGCUGCACCAUGGCCAACUUCCGCAUUGACAAGAAGAUUGGUCGGGGUCAGUUCAGCGAGGUCUAUAAAGCCACGUAUCUGCUGGAUGAACAGCUAGUUGCACUCAAGAAAGUCCAGAUCUUUGAGAUGAUGGAUGCAAAGGCUCGUCAGGACUGCGUUAAAGAAAUCGAUCUCUUAAAGCAACUGAAUCACCCCAAUGUAAUCAAGUACCUGGAUUCCUUUAUUGAAGACAACGAGCUCAACAUUGUUCUGGAGCUGGCAGAUGCUGGAGAUCUGUCCCAGAUGAUAAAGUACUUCAAGAAGAAGAGGCGACUUAUUCCAGAAAGGACAAUCUGGAAGUAUUUUGUGCAGCUGUGCGGCGCUCUGGAGCACAUGCAUUCACGCAGAGUGAUGCACCGUGAUAUCAAACCAGCAAACGUGUUCAUAACAGCCACAGGGGAGGUGAAGCUGGGGGACCUCGGGUUAGGACGCUUUUUCAGCUCUAAAACAACGGCGGCGCAUUCUUUGGUGGGGACCCCUUACUACAUGUCACCAGAGAGGAUCCAUGAGAACGGGUACAAUUUUAAGUCCGAUAUCUGGUCUCUGGGGUGUCUUCUGUAUGAGAUGGCGGCUCUGCAGAGUCCUUUUUAUGGGGACAAGAUGAACCUCCUGUCUCUCUGCCAAAAGAUCGAGCAGUGUGACUACCCCCCUCUCCCACCUGACCUUUACUCUGAGAAGCUGCGGGGCUUGGUCAGCAUGUGCAUCAACCCUGACCCAGACCAGAGGCCGGACAUCGUCUUUGUGCUUCAGCUUGCCAAACAGAUGCACAUGUGGGCCUCCAGCACCUGAACGCCUACCGUCGUCGUCUCUGCUCAGACUGAGGAGCUCAAACCACUUAAAGUUGCAGAAAUGUGCCUUAGCUUCAUUUGAGAAAACAAAAGAUAUGCACAAGU